GGGCGGAGGCCUGGGCGCCGCCAUGGGCAACCUGUUCGGCCGCAAGAAGCAGAGCCGGGUCACGGAGCAGGACAAGGCCGUGCUGCAACUGAAGCAGCAACGGGACAAGCUGAGGCAGUACCAGAAGAGGGUCACCCAGCAGCUGGAGCGGGAGCGCGCCGUGGCCAGGCAGCUCCUGCGUGACGGCAAAAAGGAGCGGGCGAGGCUGCUGCUGAAGAAGAAGCGAUACCGGGAGCAGCUGCUGGACAAGACGGAGCAGCAGAUCACCAGUCUGGAGACCAUGGUUCAGAGCAUCGAGUUCACGCAGAUCGAGAUGAAGGUGAUGGAGGGGCUGCAGUUUGGAAAUGAGUGUCUGCACAAGAUGCACCAGGUGAUGUCCAUAGAGGAGGUGGAGCGGAUCCUGGACGAGACCCACGAGGCUGUGGAGUACCAGCGGCAAAUAGAUGAGUUGUUGGCGGGCAGCUUCACUCAGGACGACGAGGACGCCAUCCUGCGGGAGCUGGAAGCCAUCACACAGGAACAGAUCGAGCUGCCAGAUGUCCCCGCAGAGCCCCUUCCGGAACAGAAGCCAGAAAAAGCCGCCGUCAAGGCCAAGCCCAGGCCGGCGGAGCUGGUGGCAGCAUCGUAACCGCCCCCGGCCUGCGGGACGUCCCGACGGAUG